AUGUAUUUCAUUGACCUAAAACGAUUAUUUAUGUUAAGUAUCGAUGGCUUCUUCUUUGGGCACGAGAAUUCAAUUGGAACCAUCGAUGUUAUACAAUCAAACAGAAUUGCUCCAAAUACAAAUGUCGUGUCACCUUCUCAACAGAUUAAGGCUAAUCUAAAUAAAGGAAGACACGACGCUCUCCUUUCAUUAUCAUAA